AUGAUUUUAAAUCUUGUCAUUUUAUUUACCUUCUUUAGCACAAUCUUUGCCGCUCCAACAGUGCUAACACCACCCACAGAAGAUGAUUUUUACUCCGCACCAAUUGGCUACGAAGAUGCUGAGCCAGGUGAGAUCUUGAAGAUAAGAAACACCCCGCACCCAUUGACUAGCAUAUAUUUUCCCAUCUCAAUCAAAAAUUCCUGGCAGGUAUUGGUGAGAUCCGAAGACUCGUUUGGAAACCCUAAUGUUAUAGCAACAACAAUUAUGGAGCCAUAUGAUGCUGAUCCAAACAAAGUGUUGAGUUACCAAACUUUUGAAGAUAGUGCAGAUUUGGACUGCUCUCCGUCAUAUGGUUUUCAGCAAGGAGCACCAUUGUCAACGAUUGCUACUCAGAUAGAUAUGACGCUCAUUGUUUUGGCAUUGCAAGAAGGCUACUACGUGGUGCUGCCCGAUUACGAGGGUCCCAAAUCAACAUUCACUGUGGGAAGACAGUCUGGUAAGGCAACCUUGAAUUCCAUUAGAGCCACGCUCAACUCGGGAAAUUUCACCGGAAUUGAGGAAGAUGCACAGGUUGCAAUGUGGGGAUAUAGUGGAGGCUCUUUGGCCAGUGGAUGGGCAGCAGCAUUGCAACCUACAUAUGCACCCGAAUUGAAAGAAAACUUGAUUGGCGUUGCGCUCGGAGGCUUUGUCACCAACAUUACAGCCACUGCAGAGAGUGUUGAUGGCGGAUUAGCUGCAGGAUUAAUACCCGUUGCCUUAACCGGGUUGGCAAACGAGUACAACCUUACAGAUUUUUUGUUUGAGAAUGCUAAUCAAUCGCAGAUUAAUGAAAUCAAACAGGCUAAUCAAUAUUGUUUGGCUAACGCAGUGAUCCAUUACUUUGGCGACGAUAUACUCACUGGUGAGUAUCCUUUGUUUCCUGAAGGCUUUGGUUUACUCAACGUUCCAACUUUGCACGAGGUUGUUCAAGAAAACUGUUUGGUCAGCAUGAAUAAAACUAUGGUACCUGAAAUACCGGUGUUUGUAUACCAUGGGACUUUGGACCAGAUCAUCCCAAUCAAAGAUGUUCGAACCACAUACAAGAACUGGUGUGAUUGGGGCAUUGAGUCAUUUGAGUUUGCCGAGGACUUGUUGAAUGGACACAUUACCGAGACAAUAAUAGGUGCGCCAGCAGCUUGGACCUGGUUGCAAAAAAGAUUUAACGGGGAGGCACCGGUAAAAGGGUGCCAACACACUACAAGGUUGGAGAACUUGUUUUAUCCUAACGUGACAGAUAGUACACUCGAUUACUUGAAUGGUCUUAUCAAUGCCGUGAACUAUUACAAAUUGGGUGACCCUGGUGUUGCUGCAGAUAGCGUCAAUAUCACAACUGUUGAAAAUUUCUUUAUGGAUAUCUGGAAUUACUUUUAA